GACUGUCAUCGCGGUUGGGGGCGUGUUAACCCCGCUCACAUUGUAGCGAAGUUACGGAGCCUUUUCUCGGUUGCCAUGGAAUUCUAAACGCUAUUGACACCGUUCACGGCUCUUUCACGAAAGGCAUUGCUAAGAGAAACCCGCAACUGUGAAGGAAAAGCAUCAUCGCGCGAAACACUGUGAUGUCAGUUCGCACACCCGCUGACUAACAGCUCGCGCUCUGCACCUCGAGGACGAAAUCACUACUCUACCGCGACAAACUACUCAGAAAGGUUGUGAGACCCCAGACUGCGCUGGAGUGAGAUGCACUGACUUCUGGAAGACUGCAAUAUUCCUGUCAUCCUCCGCUCAACUGUGGCCAGUCAUGCGGUUGAUAUUGAAAAUAGGAGUGACCCUUUUUAUGGGCGCUUGUCUUAAUAUUAUAUGCAGGUUUCAAGCUAAUGCCCUGGAUAUUCCUCUUGAUGUUUUAGAACGCAUAAACAUGGAGCAGCUGCCCACAAUUACGGAGUGCUCUCCUGCAUCUCUGAUCGCCUUCCCUUUCGAGGAGAGCUUCCCCGUGAAGUGUGAGGCCACGGGAAAUCCUGUACCACAGUUCAGGUGGACAAAAAACGGUCAGGACUUUGAUCCGUAUCAGGAUCCCAGAUUGGUAACGUUAGAGGACUCCGGAACAUUCGUCAUUCCGAAUAAUGGGAAUCUUACAGAAUUCCAGGGAAUUUAUCGCUGCCUCGCCACUAACAAGUUAGGCACAGCCAUGUCAGAGGAGAUUGAAUUUAUUGUUCCCAAUGUUCCAAAGUUUCCCAAAGAGAUCAUCGAACCUAUUGAGGUUAUGGAAGGUCAGUCAGUUAUUCUGGAAUGCAACCCACCUAAAGGACUCCCCCCACUGCAAAUCUACUGGAUGACAAUAGGUUUGCAGCACAUUGAGCAGGACGAGAGAGUUUCAGUGGGUCUGAAUGGGAACCUGUACUUUUCGAAUGCCAUCGAGACUGACAGCCGCAGGGACUACUGCUGCUUUGCUGCCUUUCCACGCAUCCGAACCGUCGUCCAGAAACCUGCCAUGUCCGUCAAUGUUAAAAGCAAUAAGUUAAUGAAGGACUCAGGUUCUGGUAGCGGCACAGGUUAUGCAAACUCUCUUUUGGAGAGGAAGCCCAGUCUGUUGACGCCUACAGGAAAGGAGUCACACACAUAUUUAGUUAAAGGAGAAGACCUUCAACUGGAGUGUAUUGCAGAUGGAUUUCCAACUCCAAAGGUAGAGUGGGUUAAAAUGGGCCACAAGCUGCCAGAGAAGGCCGUGGUGGAGAGUCACGGGAAGUUGCUCACUAUAGAGAUGGUGAAUGAAGAAGAUGAAGGAAAAUAUAUGUGCAAAGCCAAAAAUCCUCAUGGAGAGGUUGUGCAUUAUUUUCAUGUUACAGUAGAGGAGCCACCUGAGUGGGAGAUAGAGCCACAGAGUCAGCUGGUGACAAUUGGAGCUGAUGUGGAGAUCAAGUGUGUGGUCAAAGGAAAUCCACAGCCAAGUGUUACAUGGCGGGUCAACAGCCUCCCUCUCAAUGAGGUCCCAGUAUCCAACAGAAAGAUCAUGAAAGAUGGCACCAUUUCCAUUCACAAAGCAAGCCCAGAUAACAGCGCGGUUUACCAGUGCGAGGCUACAAACCGACAUGGCACCAUUCUAGCUAAUGGCAACAUUAUGAUUAUGAACAUACAGCCGGUGAUCUUAACAGAAGACAAUCUUCAGUACAUUGCUGUGGAAGGAAAAGGCAUCAUCAUGCACUGCAAGGUCUUCAGCUCGCCCACCUCCAGCAUUACGUGGAGUAAAGCUGACAGCGCCAACGCAGUGGAAGGAGAGAGAUUCUCGGUUCAUAAGAACGGUUCGCUUGAGAUCCAUAACGCAAUCAGAGAGGACAUGGGGGAGUACUCAUGUUUUGCUCAAAAUACUGAGGGAAAAGUUGCCAUUUCUUCAACCCUUGAAGUCAAAGAUCCUACCAGAAUAGUAGACCCCCCACAAGAUUUGCAGGUUUUGGCUGGAACCACCAUCCAGUUUUCAUGCCAGGCGGAGUUUGAUUCUUCCUUCGGUAGCGACUUUGAGAUUCUCUGGGAGAAAGACGGUGUAGCCCUCAACAGUAGCGAGGACACACGAUAUGUCCUGGACGAUGGAGUGCUCGAGAUUAUCAAUGUGAGCUUUGGAGACCAGGGCUUAUAUAUGUGUGUGGCCAGAACGCCGGCCGACCAAGACACGGCUGUAGCACAGCUUUCAGUCACUGAUGUUCCUGAUCCACCAGAAAAUGUGAGACUGUCUGAACACAAUGGCAGAAGUGUGCAACUGCUGUGGAUUCCAGGAGAUGAUCAUAACAGCUCCAUUACUGAGUUUGUCAUUGAGUUUGAGGAGAGUCAGUUUGAGCCCGGAAGCUGGAAGGAGCUGAAGAGGGUACCCGGAAACCAUCACUCCGCCCUUCUGAAGCUUCAAGGACACGUGGACUACCGCUUCCGAGUCUCCGCCAUGAACGAGGUCGGAAGAGGUCGCCGGAGCCAGGCCACCGAAAGAUACAAAACUCCUUCAUCAGCACCUGACAAGAACCCUGAAAAUAUCAAGAUCGAAGGUCAUUUGCCACACGAAAUGGAUAUCAACUGGGAGCCAUUGUCACCCAUCGAACACAAUGGACCGGGUUUGGAGUAUAAAGUUAGCUACCGAAGACAAGGAACCGAAGACUGGGUGGAACACAUCAUAAAGAGGCACUCGUUUGUUGUUAAAAACACCCCAACGUUCGUCCUUUACGAGAUCAAAAUUCAGGCCAAGAACCACGCCGGUUGGGGCCCGGACCCCAAAAUAAUAACCGCAUACUCUGGAGAGGAUUUUCCCUCAGCAGCUCCAGAGGACGUAAGCGCGGAGGUGAUGAACAACACCGUGGUGAAGGUCAGAUGGGCCCACGUUCACAAGGACAAACUCCAUGGACAUCUGGGGGGCUAUAGGGUGAGCUGGUGGAGGCUGCGCAGCCUUUUGGACUCGAAGAAAACACACGGUGACAAACAUACCCUGACAUUUUCUGAAGAGAGGACCCAUGCGGUGGUAACAGGUCUAAGGCCGUUCUCUGAAUACAGCCUCAUCGUCAUGGCCUUUAACGGCAGAGGAAAUGGACCUGGAAGUCACCCGGUCAGUUUCAAAACUCUAGAGGGAGUUCCCGGUCAAGUGGUUUCUUUCAGAGCUACAAACAUCCAAAAACACAAGGUGAUCUUGACCUGGUCUCCUCCCAUUGACGCAAAUGGCGUUCUUAUUGGCUACAUCCUCCAAUAUCAGCUAAUAAACGACACGGAGGAAGUUGGUCCUUUGAUGACCCUGAACAUCUCUGCAGACAGCAAUAAGUUGCACCUCCAGGACUUGGAAGCGCUGAGCAGAUACAAGUUCUAUCUGCAGAGCUGCACGCGGGUGGGCUGCGGCCCGGCGGCCAGCGAAGAGUGCACCACAGUCCCCGAAGCGACUUCAACAGAUGUGGCCUCUUUCAACAUCAGAAAAUCCGGCCCGCAGUUUCCUUCAAGAAAAACUACUGUUUCCCCUGUGGCUAAUGCAACUCUUUCCUCCAUAGCUGCGUUGAAUAUUAGCACAUCAGUUAGUCACAACUUUGCAAAUAUCAGUUGGAUUCCAGGCGCUGAGCAAACGGAUUCAGACUUGUAUGUUGCGUUUAUGAACAACCGUGAAGGUAACUGGAAGAUAUCCGACGCGCUAAACUCUUCUAAGACUUUCCACAUCAUUGAAGGGCUUGAACCCGGGACUGAGUACACAGUGCGCCUUUUGACUAAAAGCUGGCUUGAUAACUCUACUAGUAUAUUUGAAGACGUAAUCAGGACCAGGGCCAAAGGUUUGGCCAGUAUUCACGGUGGCAUCUCCAACCAGGGCUGGUUCAUCGGACUCAUGUGCGCCAUAGCGCUGCUCACCCUCAUCGUUCUCAUAGCCUGCUUCGUCAACCGGAACAAAGGAGGAAAAUACUCAGUGAAAGAAAAAGAGGAUCUACACCCAGAUCUGGAGUCCCCGGGCAUAAACGACGACACCUUUUGCGAAUACAGCGACAAUGAUGAGAAACCGCUGAAAGGCAGCCAGCAUUCCCUCAAUGGCAACUUGAAAGCAGACAGCGGAGAUAGCAUGGUGGACUACGGCGAAGAGGACGCUCACUUUAACGAGGACGGCUCCUUUAUUGGCGAAUACUCCGGAUGCAAGGAAAGGGUCUCCAUGGAAAUCAAGGGAAACAAUCAGAGCACGGCGUAAUGGAGCGCGGACAAAUAAUUUCUCGGACAAGCUCUCACAAAAGGUCAGUCUGAAGGGAGUAGGAGGAGGAAACGGCAAAGCGUCGGCGUAAUGGAACCCGAAGGACAUUUUCGCAAUUAAUGUGUUAUCGUCAAACUCUCAGUCAUACUCACAUCAUUUUACGUACGAGGCUUAGUUUGUUUUGGUUUGCCUACUGUAACUGAUCGACCAUCCGUCGUGUACACUUGUGGGGUGUUUUUAUGUAUCAAAUCCUCAGAGCUGCCGAAACGUUGUUUUCGUGAACGUGAACUCCGACGGCCUACGAGAGGAGAACAUUCCCACGUUUCUGGUUUCUUCUGCAUUCGUGUCAUCCAAGCGAGUUUUACGUCAGGGUAUGAACUUUGUAUUUUUAUUUUUCCAUUCGAGGCAAAUUUUAUUGACGUUUUCUAUUUCAGAUACUGUAUACUGUGCAUUCGUUAAAUGUGGGUUAUUAUGUGUACAAAGUUGUUGCUUAAAUAAUCACCUUCUCUUGGAAUCCAAAAAUGCGCAAGGUAAAAUAAGGGUCGACUCACUCAGUCUCACAUGCUUUUCAGCAUUUUGUACAUUAAGACGCUGUCAAUUAACGGUUCAGGCUGUACUAACGAGACGCAUAGCCACAUUUAUAUUACAGCGCUGCUUCUAACCAAUAUUGCAGUAUGUUAAUUAGACGCAAAUAUAAUUUACACACGGUUGAAAAACAAACACCACUUUUUGCCUUGAUGUACUGGGAAGUGUGACAUGAUAAAUUACAUUGUUUGGUUAUGUGAUACAGGGUUGGAAUUCUACAAGUCCAUGUUGACAUUUUGAAUUACGUUGAAUAUAAAUUUGUGAGCCAGUGACCAGGCAAAAGUCUCACGAUCUAAUUUGGAGAAAAUGAGCAUCAAAGUUUGAUUUCAGUCAUUCAUUUCACUAUGAUUUCAAUCUUUGGCUUUGCUCGGUCAGUAUUAAAGAUAUCAAGGUUAUAUUUUCGCAGAAUGUUUUCGCCAAAAAAAAGACUUUAGCUUGGUUUUCACAGACUGGGUCACAUGUUUCCAAACCAAGUUCUCCAGAAAGCGGAAUUUCAUCAGAAUGGCUCCACACGUGUAGUUUUGUUUUCAAGAAAUGUUUCUGUACAAACAUCCUGUUUGCAUGUUUAAAGCUGUUGAAUGAGGUUUGUGCACAGAUUUGACAUUAAAUUGUAUCAUUUGUUUCUC